AUGAAUGGUUUCAUAAGUUUGGCAUUUUGCAUUUGCGCAAUCAUCAGUGGGGUUGUAGCAGAUGAAGAUCUUCGAGGUUUUGGCAUUAGUAUAGGUUACACCGGUCAUGGUAGCAGUGGAGGAGGUGGUGGCGGCGACAAGGGUGGUGGAGAAAAAGUUAUUCUUAUCCCAGGAGGUUAUCCAUCAUAUCCAUCUUAUCCAGCACCACCAUCCUAUCCUGCACCAUCUUACCCAGCACCAUCUUGGCCAGCACCAUCUUACCCAGCACCAUCAUGGCCGGCACCAUCAUGGCCAGCACCAUCUUGGCCAGCACCAUCGCCAUCACCAUCAAGUUGUAACUGUCCACCAGGCCCACCCGGAAUGCCAGGUCCACAAGGUCAACAAGGUUCAUUAGGCGAACGUGGUGACAAAGGCAGCCCCGGACAGACAGGUAAUCCUGGUCCAACGGGACCAGUUGGACCUGAUGGAAUGCAAGGUCCCACUGGUGCAGUCGGACCCAGAGGACAAACUGGAGCACGUGGGCCACGUGGACCUCCAGGGAUGCCAGGUCAAAUGGGAAUGCCUGGACCACAAGGUAUGCCUGGACAGAUGGGAGCACCCGGUGCUCCAGGUACUUCACGCCGAAGGAGUCUUUUCUAUAAUGAUGACGAUUCUGAUGAUGAUUGUGCCGCUGUGGCUUUAGCUACAAUCAACAAAGAAAUCACCAUCCAGGAAGAAAAUCAAGGAGGUGAUAAUAAUCCAAAAAUUUACUACACUAAACCAAAACCCGUAUACGUUCAAUACCAACAAUAUCCUCAACCCUACUAUCAACCACCACCAGUUUAUUAUCCACCAGCACCUGCUCCAGCACCCGCACCAGCACCAUAUCCUCAACCAGCACCACCAACAUAUUAUCCAUCACCACCAAGUCAAUGUGUGUGCAUUCCUGGACCACCAGGUCCACCUGGAUUCCAAGGCCCACCUGGUCCUGAUGGAAGACCCGGUAAUAACGGUCUUAAAGGAGAUGACGGUUAUAUGGGAAACAAAGGUCAAUAUGGAAUGAAGGGUAUUAAAGGUGAAAUAGGUCCAAUGGGUGAGAUGGGCGAGAAGGGACGUAAGGGCGAUGACGGUGAAAAGGGAGUAAUCGGUAAUAAGGGCGAUGAUGGAGCAACAGGACCUCAAGGUACCGCUGGAACUGUUGGCGAUGCAGGUGCAAUUGGAGCUACUGGACCACCAGGACCUCCUGGUCCAACAGGACCAGCAGCUUCCAGACGUCGUCGUACCGUUUUGGUAUCAUCAACAAAGGAUAUUAAUAUAAGUGUUGAAGAUCAACAACAACAAGAUAAUGGUGUUCGAACUUAUGUAAAAAAACCAGUUAAACAAGAAGCCUAUAUUGUUGCCUAUCCAAAACCACAACAAGUUGCUUAUUAUCAACCACAACCACAGUAUUAUCCUCCACCACAAAUGCCAGCAACAUAUUAUCCACCUCAACCAGCCCCACCAACAUAUUAUCCACCACCACCAAGUCAAUGUGUGUGUAUUCCCGGGCCACCAGGACCACCUGGAUUCCAAGGACCACCUGGAGGUGAUGGUAAUCCUGGUACACCUGGAUUUAAGGGAGAUUAUGGUUAUAUGGGAAAUAAGGGUAAAAUGGGUGAGAAGGGAAUGAAAGGUGAUAUGGGUCCAAUGGGUCCACCUGGAGCGAAGGGACGUCGUGGUGAAAUAGGCGAUAAGGGACAAAAGGGUAUAAUGGGAAAGGAUGGAGCAGAUGGCCCACCGGGAAAGAAGGGUGACAAAGGUGAUAUGGGAGUUAUUGGUAAUGCAGGACCACCAGGACCAACUGGGUUACCGGGACCACCAAAGGCUGCAAUAUUUUUUCUUAGUUUUUGUAUUGCUACUGGGAAUACAUCAACAAAUUUAAGGUCUUAUUUGGGCAAGAACAAUGAGAAACAAUUGUUUACUGUAGAAGCAGUAAAACCUCCAGAACCACCACAAAUCUAUAGUUUAUAUGAUCAAAAUAAUUUUUAUUGGCAACAAUCCUCAGUACAACCAUCAUCUCCAACGUACAAACAAUGUAAUUGUCCGCCUGGUCCAAGAGGACCAAUGGGCUCACCCGGUUUGCCUGGUCAAGAUGGCAUUUCCGGUCUAAAAGGUGAUAUGGGAGAUCUUGGAGAAAAUGGUUUCCCAGGAAUGCAAGGUCCAACAGGUGAUAACGGCUUUAAAGGAGAUAAAGGUGACAAAGGGACAGAAGGAAAUAAAGGAUUUGAAGGAGAUAAGGGUUCCAAAGGCAAUCAAGGACCGACAGGCAAUACUGGUAUAAAAGGUGAUAAAGGAUCUACUGGCACAAUGGGCAUUACUGGACCGAUAGGACCUCCAGGACCACUGGGAAAACCAGGGGACUCAAAUCGAAGAAUAGCUUUCGAUUAUUUUGAUUAUGAUGAAAAUUUCGUUGAAACACAAGAUGAUGCCUAUAAACCUUUGUAUCCCAGUUACAUGCUUCAUGACUUUGGCACAGAAGGACAAAUUGAAUCUCCGGAAAAAAAUCAACAAGAAUUGUUCGAUGAUUCUGUCCAAGUUGUGAAGGUUUUGGAAGAUUCCGAAGAUUACGAUGAAAAUCUAGAACGUUCAGCAAGUUUAAGAGGUCAUAAUCCCAAAACAACUUCGAAAUGCUUAAUUCAAAAUCCUUUGCAAGCUUUUUUGUGUAAUUCUAUGAAAAAGUAA